AUGGCUGCAAAAGGGACUAAUCGAGAUCAUAAGCGUAGAAAUAAUGAUGUCCACAAUCAUAAAGAUGGCAAGGAAAGAAGGUUUUAUCGCUUAAGUCUUAGCACUAUGAAGCAGUGGGCAGAUCAGCUAGGCUUUGGAGAAGUGAAUGAUGAAGUUGCAGCAUUGCUGUCGGAAGAUGCUUCCUAUCGUAUACGCCAUCUCAUUCAGGUGGCUUCGGAAGUUAUGAUUCAUUCUAAAAGAACGCGUAUGAUGACAGAUGAUGUCAAUAAAGCUGCGAAAUUAUGUCGUUUAGAAAGUAUUUAUGGAAUCAAUGGAACAGAAGCCGAUCAGUUUAAAUGUGUCACAUUUAAAGAUAGUAAAAUAUAUUAUUUGGACGAUAAAGAAGUGAAUUUACACAAUUUAAUCAUGAAUGACGAAAUACCGAAUGAUCCUGGCCGAACGUCUGUACGAGCUCACUGGCUACCCAUAUCUGGUUCAUUAAAACAAAAUAGCAUUAAUUGGCAACAGUUGAACACAGCUAAUAAUACUUACCUUAAAGCAGUAUUGCAAGGCUUAAAAAGUCAAGAACCGCAACUUGUUUUGACCAUCAUGAAUAAUCUAAGAACCAAUUCACACGUUACUGUUAUUUUACCUUAUGUACUGUACUACCUAAUUUCAUCGAUAAAAUCGCAUACACAUGUUGCUCGCUGUUUACAAAGUAUACAAUCAAUUAUUGAAAACAAAUCUUUAACUCUACUCCCUUAUCUUGUUCAAUUAGUCUCCGUUUUAAUGACAUGUACUUUGGACGAUCACCGCAUGGCGAAUUCAUGGCAUUUAAGAAAUAAAUCUGCAAUGUUGCUAGCAUUACUUGCUAGGGAAUAUAAAAAAUCAUCACCGAACGUAUGCAAUAAUAUAACUAACAAAUUGCGAGAGGUUCUAGCAAGCAACGACAAACCACGGUUUUCUCACUAUGGAGCCAUUGUAACAUUGACUUAUUUCGGGGGACAGGAAUUGUGUAUGACGCUACGUGCAUAUUUUUCGAGAAAUUGGUAUGUCUUGAAUGAAAUGCUGGAAAAUUCUGCUGUUGAACUAUCUAUAAAAUAUGAUAUUCUACAGGUUAAGAGCGCCUUACAGAACGCUGUUUGCGUCGUCAUUAAUGACAUGGAAAAAUAUCUUCAAAAUGAAGGAAAUUUCAGUGUUGGUAAUAUUUAUCACGAACUGUACAGCUAUUGUGGAGAUAGUUUAGCACCAGUAGCAUCACACUCUUUAACCAAUAUGGAAAGCAUUUCUUCUAAAAGUCAUACAAAUAGAAUUUUCUGUCAAUCUUGGCGUGAAAAAGUAAAAAGUUUUCAACCCAAAAUUUUAGGGUUAUGA